AUGACUCCCCAAAUAGCAUUCCUGGAACUAGCUGGAGGAGCGAUGAUUCCGGACAAUGUAAACUCUAGUAAGCUAUCUGAUGAUAGUAAAAUAUUUGAAGUCAGUGAGAGCAGGAUGUUGCCUGCAGGGUAUCUAUAUGGUUCUGUGUUUUGUACUAUGCUUUUCAUAAGAACUUCGUGUGCGGUUACCCAGACUUUCACGGCAGACGCAGAGACGACAGCCCUCGCAGGCCACCAGGGGCAUGAGCUGCUGGAUCAGCACGAGGCCGACGUGACCUCCACCGCGGCCUCCAGGCAGCCGCAGGAACCAGGCGAAGAGCAAGGGCCAUUCGCUCCACAGGAGUCUCAGCACGAGAGGAAAGAGGCGACGACUCAGUUGCACUCAGAACCUGUCGCCCAAAACCAGACUCACCUUUUCGCUCGCGAAGACAACCACCCGACGGGACCCUCGACCUCAGCCGCCUCCGGGAGAAACAAAAGACAGGUUGUGGGCGGCGCCCCCCAUUACCCACAGUUCUCCGCCUCAACCAAAAAGCCUCCGACACACAAGCUGACGAAAGAGAAAGACGAAUCGGAAGCGAAAGCGCUCGCCGAGAAGUCAAAAAGACUGGAGAAUCAGACUGCAAAUUCUCCUCUCACAAUAUGGAGGGUGAGCGUGGCGGAGUGGGCGUCGUGCAGCACGCGCGAAGGAGGCCAGAUCGGGGAAGGAGGCGAGAACGGCGUCGUGACCGUCGACUCCAGGUUCCUCCAGGCCGGAACCAACUAUUUCAUCGGUCGAUCUUCGUGGUCCUCAACUGAGUGCUUCAAGUUACAGGUCAUGGUUAGGUCAGCAGAAUGCGGCGAAGGGCAAAUCUGUUCCGGGAAAGGAACCUGCUUCACCAAUGCCUCCAUGGAGCACUUCCAAUGCCGUUGCUGCGAUACCUACACGGGGUCUCACUGCGAGGAGCUGGAUGCCUGCGAGCCGAACCCGUGUCUCAACUCGGGGAUCUGCGUGGACAUCCAGGAGGGGCAUGACGGGGACACUUUCCAGUGCCUGUGUCCUUAUGGGUACCGAGGGAGGUACUGCGAAGAGUGGACCAACCUUUGUGAGUCUCGACCCUGCCAGAACGGCGGCACCUGCACAGGCAAUCACUCGUCCUACACAUGUCUCUGUUCCCCCGGCUGGACGGGGACACAAUGCAGCGAGCGAGAGGAAGUGACAGAACUCAGCAGCAACAACGAUGAGGCUUGCGCGAACAGCCCUUGCAUUCACGGUGUCUGCGUGGAGACUCAAUCCCAAGGCGUUAGGUGCUUUUGCUUGCCAGGAUACGGGGGUUCGCGUUGCCAGUUUGAGUACAAUGAGUGCGAAUCCAGCCCGUGUAUCAACGGCGGAACUUGCGUCGACAUAGUUAGCGGCUUCCAGUGUCUGUGCGGCAGAGGUUACACGGGGAAGCGCUGCCAAGUCAAGUUCGACCUUUGUAAGCCGGACCCUUGCCCGGCGACCAAGGUGUGCGUCGACAAGGGUAACAGCUACUCGUGCGAGUGUCUCAACGGCCUCAGCGAAGACAACUGCGGUCAUCACAAUCUCGUGUGCAUGCCUAACCCGUGCGAAAACGGAGGUACCUGUUGGAUCGUCCCGGAAGUGCACGUGUUCUUCUGCUCGUGUCGGCCGGGGUUCACGGGCAGGACGUGCCAAGGUAUCGCCCCGGACGUCCACGACGAGGCCGUGCUGGAGACGGUGGGCGCGGUGGGCACGGCCGAGCCCCACGGCCUCCUGGACGUGCGCCUCCCCGUCGACCGCCCGCUCAACCACAUCAAGAACAUCUACGUCGCUUUUGCUACCCUGGCUGCGGCGCUUCUCAUUUUCAUUGUUGUGGUGGGUGCGUGCCACUGCCGGCUGAACAGGACUUACCGGAAGUGCUUCGUGAAGCUCCCGCGCCCUGGCAAAGUGCUGCACACCGUGAGGCGACCGCGGCCCACCUCGCUCUUCGACAAAGCCAGCAGACGCGAGCGGAACGGGGCCCUGCGCCUGGAGACGGACCCCGACGGCGCGGCGAUGCCCAUGACCUCCUGCAACUCCAACUCGGAUGCCGUCUACUACAACAUGGACGCGUGCGACAACCAGGAGCUCCCCCUCAUCAAGUAGGCGGCGGAAGAAGAGGAGGCCCUCGGCUGCCUCCCCCCCGACCGCCUCUCGAUGGCCCUGGAGUGAUGAACCUAUGACGGAGUCUCGUUACUGAAACACUUACGUUAAUUCGUUUGUCCAUUGUCUUCUAGAUUUUGCGCAUAGUCAUGCUCGAAUACUGGUCUGUAGUUGCAAACGAGAGUAGUUUGACAAAUUUAUUUUCUCGUUUCUUACUUAGAGAUUCAUAUUUUUUGUGGUCAAUGGAUAGUGAAGACGCGCAGCACCAUUACUUUUAACCAUUCGUAGUUUGUUGUCAACAAAUUCUAGUCGAUAAGUGUAUCGCAGGCCAGAUGCAUGAAUAGGUAACUCAAGAAAAUAUAAAGAGAAAAGGACCUAUUAACACCUACCCGAUGUAGAUGAGAGUUUUGCAGGUUUUAUUCUGCUCUCAUAGUGAACUCGGAACGUGAGGCUACCGGGCUUUUGUAAUAACUGCCGCGCCUUUAAGUUCCGGCAUUUCCCGCAGAUAUAGGCUUACCACAAAAUGAGUUUAUAUCUCUCGCCAUCCAGUUUUAUCGACAUGAGAUCUAUCUCUAAGGUAUAUUACAAGUAAGGCCUAUGUUCACAUUUGUUUUUGUAGCGUUCUUCCAGUGUAGCGUUCACGACUUCAGAUAGAAUAUAGCGGUCAUCCAAGUUGAUCAUAUUUUCUUGCACAUUUGAUUUUUUUAACAAUGCACAAUAUCAGACGUUUUGCAUGUUAAGCACCCACACUCGUAUACAUAAACUGAUAUUAGUAUGAGCUAAGAACUAAUUAUAUCAUGUAAAUGACAGUGAGCGUGAAGAGGGGUACUCCUCAUAGAAAGAAAAGAAAGAUGGACAAUCUAUUAACCUGGGAGUGCAAACACGAGUGUGUAAGCCGGAAAUUAUAUUGUGAAUGAACUAUCGUUUACAAAAGCUCUCAACCUACCAGUGAAAAUGAUUCAAUGUGCACGUCAAAUGCGUUAUUGAACAGAAGAAUUAUUUUCUUAAUCUAAACUGACUGAACCUGAAUCUAGUAUUGCAAUUGACGUGUGAGACUUGUUGAUAAGUGUCAGCCAGAUGAUGCCAAAGCCGAGAGUUUUGUAAACAAAUGCACACAUUUGGACCUUGCUAAACUUGGAAAUUCUCCUGGGAAUAAUCUACAAAGCGUGGGAUACAAGGAGACUCGUUUGUUUCUUCUCUUACAAGGAGCAUCUUCAAUGGUGUUUCGCAUUACCUGAUAGUUGUAUUUAUAGUCGGUUGAUUUAAAACAGAAUAGAUUCAAUUUUUAAAGGGUAUUAUUGAUAUUCUUCAAAUUUCGAGCCUACUUGUCAGAUAUGAUUGUAAUGUAUAAAUGUCCAUAGUCUCUUCUUGAUAUCAAACAUUACUCUGUCUUUUCCAAGGCCAAAAAAGAAAAGAAAAAUGCGAGAGUACUGAUUUUUUUCUCCUUUUAUUAUAAUUAUUAUUGUUGUUAUUACCAUUAUUUUAGCUUAAUGCCCUGUCAGUAGUGAUGGUUACAUUCAUCCGAGUGUGUAUUCUUAAGGAUAUAGUUGUUGUAUACAUGUAUUUCAUUAUUUUUCGAUUUUUAUCCAUUAGACUACCACAGCUGUUAACCCUUUUCCUGAGCCGACCAUUCACACAUCGAUGCCAAGACCUUCAGCCGAAUCAGCUGCGGAACCAAACCCGCCACUUCUCUGUGAGCUGCUGCCGUAGCUUGUGGUGCUCUUUAUGCUUCCAGAAAUACUUCCGUCGCUCCUAUUUACAUCUGCCUCUACCACUCAUGCUAUUCUAAUUAGCACAAGUACUGUGACUACUGUUGCAGUAACGAUUAUUUGUUUGUUUGUUUUUCAUCUAGAAAUACUGCACUGCUACUUCACCUGUAGUGCCGCUGCCACAUCAGAUUCCAUCAUCGAUGCUUUAGAAAUAUGGUUUUAUCACUUCUGCACCAAUACAGAAUUUAGCAACGGCUCCGCUCUCCUCGGAUAUAAUUUAGUUUUAUAAAAAAAAAUUCACGUUAUUUUUUUUUUUUUUUUUUUUUUUUUUUUUUUUUUUUUUGCUAUAUUAUUUGCCGUAAACAUUUUUAAUUCCCUUAUCCAUACUAAGAAAAACUAACACUUGUUCCGUAUCCGAAAGCUUCCCUGUGCCAUGUGUACAUUUUUUCUCUCUUUUUUCCUGUUUGUUAAACGCUCAAGGGUGUUCAAGCCUUAUUAUAAGCCUACCUGUCGCGGGUGCGUCCAUUAUUAGGUCAGAACGUCAUAUUGUAUGUUUAUCAUAUGGCUAGUCAAUAAACUGAUGAUAUAAUGUA